CCAGCCCCUCUUGCGUCCUUUCCCAUUUUCCCGAGAUUCUGGCCGACCCAAUCACUCGACCCCCGGAAGCUGCCUGGCACAGCAGCCGCCAUGCUUCCUCCAGCACGCCAGGGCGGCGCUCUUCACUUUUGUCCUUUCCGGUGCGGCUAAACCUGCCGAGCGGCCACGGGGCUCGAAUGCUCGAUGGUCUGGCUAUGGAGCCGCCGCCGUGCAGCAGCGAUACGGCUUCACCUUCAGCGCUUGUCAGGGAGCAGCGGGGCUCCAAGCCCUGGCAAGCGGGUAGCCCAGUGCCGCCAGAGUCAGGCUGGGAACGAGUCUUAGAACUCUUCCGCAAGAAUGAAUUAAAUCGGUACCCGGAAGAAACUCUCAAUAUCUGUAAAACAACAUUUACAGCAGGUAUUUUUGGCUUGGUCUAUGGAGGUAUUCCAGGCUUCUUGUAUGCCAAGAAACGAUACAUUGAGCAGAGUGAUGCUGAGAUAUUCCACAAUCGUCUGGAUGCUGCGCAAUCCAUGCACCGUGCGGCUGUACGGGGCUUCAUCCGUUAUGGCUGGCGUUGGGGCUGGAGAGUUGCUGCCUUUGUAGCAAUAUUCAACACAGUGAGCAUCAGUUUGUCUCUGUAUCAUGAUAAAAUUUUACUCAGUCAUUUUGUUGCUGCAGGAGCUGUUACAGGAGGCUUGUUCAGAUUUCACCUGGGCUUGGGAGGUUUUGCAGCAGGCAGCAUUUUUGGAGCAUUGUUGGGUGUCCCUGCAGGAGGAUUGAUGAUGGGAAUGCAAAAGCUUUCUGGUGAAACCUUUCUUGAGAGAAGGAAACGGGAGCGAAGGGAGCUGUAUGAACAGCAGCUGGCAGAGUGGAACAACAGCCUCAACAUCACUGAGAGCAUCUCAAAAGAAACAGAUGAUUACAUUCAGAAAAGAACUGAGAAGAGAGGUGAUGAAAAGUUCCAGCAAUUAGUACAUCUUGCCCCAGAUUCUGAAUCUUGACUGAACUGCAGUGGAACUUGUGCCACAAGCUGGACUUAUAGCACCUGUGUCUAAGGAUUUUGUGCUAAAAUUCUCCCCAUGCCCUGUUUUCAGGUCACAGUGCAUUUUUUGGGAGAAGGUUUGCUCACUUCCAACUUGGAAUGAUGACUUUGUGUAGCGAGGAAAUGCUUGAAAUGUCAAGAGGCAAAUGAACACAGUCAAAUACGCACGGAAAAUUAUAAACAAAAAAUUCAAGAUUUACUGAAGGAAGCUGUAAACAUGUUGAUUGAUUGAUGGAGGUGGCUUUCCAAUAAUUUUUUUAAAGUGUGGUAACAUUCAGAAAGAGUUUAGGACGACUAGAUUUAUUUAAGAUUUUGUUUUACUUGGAAGCAACCUGUAAAUUCAGCAAUAACUUGUAAUACUUUUGUCUUCCUGAAGACAGCCAGAUCUGAAGAACAUCUUCCCAACAAUUAAGAUCACUGAUCAACACAUAGAGCUAAUAAAGUAAUUAACUACCAGUGUAAUGUAUUUCAUGGCAUUCUUAAUGUAAAUAUGGUUCACAUGGGGAUGUGUAUGUAUGAAAAAUCAAACUCUUGCAGAAUAGAGUUUCAGAUUCUGAACUGGGCAAAUAAAAAACACAUGCCUAUUUUCUUUA